CUCGGCGGUGGAUUGAGCAGGUCUGAUUGAGGUUCCCAGAAGGCUGCGCGGUGUCCGCUUGUCCCGGCUGUCAUGGCGUGUUUGCUGAAGAAGACCACGGGUCUCGUGGGGUUGGCUGUGUCCGACAGUCCACAUGAGCGCCUGAGAAUAUUGUAUGCAAAGAUUCUUGAAAUUCUUCAGCAAAUGCCUAAAAAUGCAGCGUAUAGAAAAUAUACAGAGCAGAUAACAAAUGAUAGGCUGGGUAUGGUGAAAGCGGAAUCAGAUGUUAAAAAAUUAGAAGACCAACUUCAGGGUGGUCAAAUAGAAGAGGUGAUUCUUCAGGCAGAAAAUGAACUAAGUCUGGCAAGAAAAAUGAUUAAAUGGAAACCAUGGGAGCCAUUAGUGGAAGAACCUCCUGCUAACCAGUGGAAAUGGCCGAUAUAAUCCUCCUUAAAUGACUUUGGUGGGAAACUGAUGUCACUAAAUGUCCUAUCAUAGUAAAGAUGUUUCCAUAUUCUUGGCAUCUUAUAGUCAAGAAAAUUUAUAUAGAACAUAUUUAGGAACUUUGUUAAAAUAUUUUACUAUGGAAAUAGGGUCUCGAGACUAAAUUUCUAAUUGUUAAAGUAUUCCGUUUCAUUAUUUCAAAGAGAAUAUUUCUUUAAAUGGAGGUUGUGGGAUUUCAGAGUUAAUUAGAAAAAGUCCUGUAGAUAUUCAUUUUAGAUGCCAUAAUUAAAAUGUGAACUAUCUUUAGUAAUAUCUUUAAUAUGUUAUUUAAUUUUAUUAUACCCCUCCAAAAGAGAAAAGACCCUUAAUUAUUACAUUUAAACAAAUUCAUACAUCAGGAUUGGAAGUAAAGUCAUAAAGUCAAAUAUAUAAUUACAUAUUGAUUGCCAAAUACAUUAUAAAUGUCACUUUAUUUUAGUCUGUAUCUGAAUGAUUUAUGUCAUUUACUCAUUUUCGUAUUGUCUUCAUACAAAGAUAGUUGGGAAAGCUUUUCCUCUAUUUUUUUCCUUUUAGGAAGUUAGCUUGAUGACCCUUAGCCUUUAUUUUCUUGAUCAACCCAACUAUUAAUACAUCAGAAUAAAGGUAAAAUAUUUUUAAAAGAAGAAAUAGUAAGAAUUCUUCAUUAAGAAAGAAUUCCUUCUAAGAAGUUUAUCUGGCAUGUGGUUAGACUUUUGGUCAAAGUAUGUUAGCCUCUGGGUAAAACUUCAAAGUGGAAUCAUCAUGUAAUUUUUACUAAAUUUCUAAUGUGGGUGCAGCUGGGUAUCACGCAGAAGAGUAAUGCUGUUCAUUAAGAAGUUGGCAAGCUUAUGGUUAAACGAAGAUAAAAUUCUCAUGUGUCCUCACCUUUUCUGUUUAGUUUUCCAUCAUUUAAAAAUACCUGAUUAAAUUUAACUUGGUCAUUCUUUUCUUCACA